GUCUUUUAAUAACAACGACUUCUCUCCGUCGCCAGAAAAAAAAUGAAGUUCUCUCUCGCUCUCAUCACAGUUGGUCUGUUCGGUGGUGCGCUUGCACAGCAAGGGGUCCAGUGCCCAGGAAGCUGGUAUCUUCAGCCAGAUGACUGCAUGUGUAUGAACAGCAGGGAGGGAUAUCUGCUCAAGACACAGACGUUGGAUUGCUGCAAGAAGCUGGGGUACAAGACUUAUAACAACAUCUGCGCCGUGGACAGAAACAAGCGCCAGACGUUCAAGGACUGUUGCAAGGAUCUCAACCAGGAGAGCGUCAUUGGCCAUUGCCGUUGAGGUUGAGAAGGUUAAGACUUAAGAGGGCGAUCGGUGGAAUUUGGGGAAGGCCAUCAUCCAUGCCGCCAUGUUGACUUGGCUUGAAGCCUCGAGGUUGAAUGGCGUUUGAGGCUGAUGGGGGUGAGAAGUGGCCGCGGGUGAAACGUUCAAGGAGGUCUCCGAUUGGAAUUGUGUGUAAUUGGAUGAAAUCAUGAAGUUAUGAGAAACGUGAAAAAGAAAGACUGAGAAAUAAGAUAAAUCAAAGAGUUGCGCAUAUCUGAAGAAGUAAGAAUUGGAGAUAUCUUUGAUGUUGGUUUCCCGAGAGUGGCCCGU